AACACUUUGUUUUGCUUGCGUUUGAAACCUCAUUAGCUGGCUGUGGUAGGCUACAGCUAAUCACCCAUCGGAGCAAGUUAUCCAACAGUUGAAACGGAGCGGCUCUGGGGUGAGAGCCUGCCCCUCGCUGCUAAAACAACUCGGGUUUAAAUGUGGGGUUUGUUUCCCCAGUCUCGCCACGCUGCUUCACAUUCCCGCCGACUUCGUAGUGGCAUCGAGACUUGGAUAUAUUCGUCUGCAGCAUAUGAUAUGUUAAUACGGACAUGAUGUCUUUUCAUAUCAAAUGCGUUUUGUUCAUUUUUACGUGUUGUGUACAAGAGGGAUUAUCAGGGGGAUACAAGGUAGGCCAACAUCUUGGAGCGGAGGAGCAUCUACAGAGAGCAAAGCGUCAAAGCAAACCGGCGAAGUCCAUGGUGAAGGUGACGGACUACCACGUCCGGUGUGCGCUGGUCUCCCGCUACGCCCUGACCACGGUCCGCAGCUCCGUGUGGAACCCGCUGCCCGUCACUAAGGAGGCGGCCUUUGAGGUGGACCUGCCGGCCUCCGCCUUCAUCUCCAACUUCACCAUCACCUCCGAUGGCAAGGUGCACGUGGCCCAGGUACAGGAACGCACGGCGGCCAGGAAGAUGUACGACGCCGCCAAGAAACAAGGGAAGACCGCCGGCCUUGUGGCUACAAAGGAACGGGAGAUAGAGAAGUUCCGCGUUGCAGUGAGCGUGCCACCAGGGGCAGAGAUGUCCUUCUCCCUGACCUAUGAGGAGCUCCUCCCGCGGCGACUGGGGCACUACGAGCUCAGCCUGGGGCUCAGACCCGGGCAGCCGGUCCAGAACCUCACACUGGACGUCAGCAUCGAGGAGAGAACGGGCAUCAGCUUCCUCAGGGUCCUACCGCUGAAGACCAGCCGGCUGAUGUCCAACACCGUCAAAGCAGAGGCUGGCGUCCCUCCAUCCACUCACGUGGAACACAACGCGGGCUACGCGCGGGUCCGCUACAGCCCCACCCUCCAGCAGCAGAACGCCGUCUCCUCCCGGGGCCUCAACGUGGACUUUAUCAUCCAGUACGAUGUGGAGCUCAGAGACCUCAUCGGGGAUAUCCAGGUAUACGACGGCUACUUUGUGCAUUAUUUUGCACCCCGGGGCCUUCCUGUGGUUCCCAAGGACGUCAUAUUUGUCAUAGACGUCAGCGGCUCCAUGAUUGGCACGAAGAUAAAACAGACAAAGCAGGCCAUGCACACCAUCCUGGGAGACCUGAGAGAGGCCGACCACUUCAACAUCAUCACCUUCUCAGACAAGGUUCACACAUGGAGGAAGGGCCGGACGGUGCGUGCCACUCGCCACAACGUUCGGGACGCCAAAGAUUUUGUGAGGAGGAUCAUUGCAGAGGGAUGGACCAAUAUCAACGCAGCGCUGCUUUCAGCCGCCCAGCUCGUCAACCCCCGUCCGUCCGGCCCCCCCGGUCCGGCGUCCUCCAGCGACCGCCGCGUCCCGCUGGUCAUCUUCCUGACCGACGGCGAGGCGACCGUCGGCGUGACGACCGGCGACGUCAUCCUCGGCAACGCCCACACGGCCCUGGGCUCGGCCUCCCUGUUCGGCCUGGCCUUCGGGGACGACGCCGACCUCCCCCUGCUGAGGCGGCUGGCCCUGGAGAACCGCGGCGUGGCCCGCAUGGUGUACGAGGACGCCGACGCCGCCCUGCAGCUCAAGGGCUUCUACGACGAGGUGGCCAGCCCCCUGCUGUCGGACGUGCAGCUGUCCUACCUGGACGACCGGGCGUUUGACGUCAGCCGCUCGCUCUUCCCCCACUACUUCCAGGGCUCGGAGCUGGUGGUCGCCGGGAGGCUGCGGCCGGGCCCCGGGGGCUUGAAGGUGUCCCUGAGCGCGGUGGGCGCCGAGCGGGCGGUGAAGGCGGAGCGCGCCGCCGCCGCCGCCGCCCACGGAGCCGAGGGGAACGAUGUGGCGGGGAGUGUGGGGGGACGGGCGGGGAUCUCCAGCUUUGUGCGUCGGCUGUGGGCGUACCUCACCAUCAAAGAGCUGCUGCAGGCCAAGCUCAACGCCACCGACCAGGCCACCCAGAGGCUUCUCACGGACAAGGCCACGAAGCUCUCCCUCGAGUACAACUUUGUCACGCCCGUCACCUCCCUCGUGGUCGUGAAGCCCGACGCGGACCAGGCAGCGCGCAGGCCAGCCACGACCACGGCGACCACGACGACCUCAAAGCCCGUCCCCUCAACCACUACUGUUACUACUACUACUACGAGCAAAGCGCCGGCUCAUGCUAAUGCUAAGAAGCCCCACCCACCAUCGAAUCCACGGACUAACAAAUCGAAACCAGACGUCUCAAGGGCUAAGACGCCUCUUCCUCAACCACCACCCCCUCCUCCGGGCAUCGGCCACAUGCUGCAGCCCAGGAGGUCCCCCUCACUGCCUACGGCGACGAAAACCACGACUCCCUCGUCCAGCAAGAAACACACGACAACUGGGAGUCCCAGUUCAGUUAGAACCCCCCCAGCACCGCUAUCAGGUAAAACACCACCCCCUGCUGCCCCGGACUCCCGUAGAGCCCCAAAGGCCUCCAAUCCUCUGCAUCACUUCUACAAAACAGCACAUCCACCCGCUCCGGGGAAAACCUCCACCCCCCCAUAUCCCACCGCAGCAAAAACAGCAACCGCGCCGUUGACGACGGACAAAACCCCCAAACAAACCUCCCCCACGCCAACCACGUCCACCGUCGCACCCGUGCUGAGCUUGGUCAAUGCCGUGGCUCUAGCCCCGCCCCCACCGCUCACAGCCCAGCCCCCGCCGCCCAGCAGCACAGCCCCGCCUCCUGCCCGACUCCCCCGGCCGACCUCUGAGGCGGAGAACGGCGCCGUGAUGGAGGCCCGCCCCUUGGAGGUCCCCACUGUGAUGAACGGCCCGGGGUCCGCCUUGGACGCCCGCCCAACUCCGGCGCCGGAGCCCGGUUUCCAAGACGACAACGACACCACAGACACAGAGGAAGACGUUGAGGACGACAUGGAGGUCAGGGUGGCGACCCUUCUGUCCGGCACCUUUGCGCCCAUGCCGGGAGUCACCGAUGGGCCUAAGCCCUGGGAGGCCGCGGGACUCCUGGAUGUCUCUACCUCCAUUCAGAUUCAGAGAAAAGAUAUGGACCUGGUGAAAGAUUACGAUGCCAUCUAUGACUACGACUAUGAUAUCAACUAUGAUUCCUGGGAGGACACAGCCAACACCGAAUCAUUUGGGUCUCCGUCGACACUGAGUUCCGUCAGGGUGUUUUCCUCGUCAGUGGAUGGAGAUCCUCAUUUUGUGGUCCAGCUGCCUAAGUUGCACCAGAACCUUUGUUUCACUGUGGAUGGACGGCCCAAGGAUGUUCUGAGACUUCUAGAGGACCCAGAAAGAGGGAUCAUUGUUGACGGACACUUAAUCGGAGCUCCGUUCAAACUUGGCGCAGAGGACCGCCCCCGCACCUACUUCCACCAAUUGGUGAUCUCCUCUUCCAAGGGCGGGUCUUCUGGCGUCACGAUCAUUCUCACACUGGAUGCUGUGGUGGUGGAAGGGGAGGGGCGAGACAUCUUGUCUGUCAAUCAGCCGGGGUUCGUGACCAGACAGGGUGUCAGUGUUGCUGUGGACAAGCAGCGGAACUGCUGGAUUGAGAUGGCCAAGGAUGUUCGUUUUCUGGUUCUGUUUCACCACUACAAACACCCCAGCUAUCUGCAGGUGUCCCACCUCGGCUUCUACAUCGCAAACGGGCGCGGCCUCUCCUCUACCACGGAAGGCCUACUCGGUCAGUUUCAGCACAUCGAUAUGAGCGUUACCAUGGUGACGGAUCGGGCUGACUCAGGACUCCCCCACCCCCACCACAGCCACAACCAACACCCCGCCAAGGAGGGAGUGCUGGCCAGGGGCGAGCUCCGGCUGGGCUCCACGCGCAUGCAGGUCACCUUGCAGGACAAGAGCCUGAAAGACACGGCGCGGAAACGCCACGGCGCCAAGUGUUGGGUGGUGCCCAAGGCGGAGGUGGAGCGGCUCCUGGGACGCCCGUACCACAGCUACGUGGUGGAGCGCCUGUGAGCCACGGGGGUGGGUCAGCAGAGGGGGCAAAGGACAGAACACUGGGGACGGCAGGCUGCCAGCGGGACAGACGGGUCUGCAGCCCUGCCUCGAUGAGUCACGCGUGGCCUCCCUGAGGGCCGGGCGAUGCUGGUGGUUGGAGCGGAGGCUGAUGCAGGAGAGGACGGAGAGGAGACGGGCGUUUAUAAGGCUGAACCAACGAUGUCUCAGACAAGUGAGGGAUGAGCUAACACAAUCCAGCCCUAGAUACCAAAGGUAGAUAUAAGAGUACGUUUGCUGAAGCAAACUCCAAAGAUAUAUUGCACACAGAAUGCAUUUAUAUAUGAAUAAUUAUUAUUUAGAGAAGUUAUUAUUCUUACAUGGUAUAUUUGUGUUCUUUGUUAAAAAAAAGCGAUUCUAUUUUCAUGCUUGGAAAUGUAUAUAACAGAUUACUGCAUGCAUGUACAGUAGGCUAUGUAUGUAUGUACUGUAUAUAUGUAUAAAUAACUAUAAAGUUGAUAAGGAAAUUAUACACUGGUGUAAAGGACUUGUGUUCACUCAAUCCAAUGUAAGGAAAGAAAACCAACAGGAAUUGAUGGGUGUUUCCAGGUUUGCCAUGUGCUUUUUUUAUUUUUGUAUCACUUCAUUCAUAGUUAAAUUCAUCUUAAUUGUUACACAAGACAUUAGGCGUUGUUCACAAACUAGUGGUCAAACAAGGACUGUAAGUUGUCUACUACUCAGCCUGAACUAUUUCUUUUGCCAAUCUUGAAGGAUAUUGUCAAAAGUAAUUUCCAAAGGCCAAACUGGAUGGAAAUUGAAACAGUAUAACCACACAUUAGGCAUUGUUUUUUUUGAUAAAUAAAAAUAAAAAGUUGAAAGUGAGGAAGUGGU